AUGGUGGAAAUGGUGUACUUGGAGUGUGAUUUUUGGAUUGUGAUCAUUAACGAUGUCAAAUACAAAGUCGGUUUAGAACAAUUUAUUGGAUUAAUAUUGAAAAGCAGGAUGAUUUCAUGGGAUACUUUGAUUUCUUAUGGAGGUUUGAAGAAUGAUCAUGGAGGAUUGAUUUUUCAACCGCUUUCAAAGAUUGAAUGCUUGACUAAAGCUUACAAUAAUUUGAUGAUUGAGAGAGAUAUGAAGAAAGGAAAUGAAAAAGAUUUGUUUGAUAAGUAUUUCAUUUCUCUUAUUGAAAACCCGAAUGAUGUUCUUGCUCUUCAGUUUGUUGAAGAUGUUCUUGAAAUAGAACAAAGGGGUAAACUUUCAUCACAAACUGAGAAGAACCCCAAUGUGAGUGCCAUCACCUUGCGAAGUGGGAAAAUACUUGGAGAAAGUCAACCUAAAAGAGUUUCAAGAGAAGCCGAAGAUGAAGUGAUCAUUGUGGAACCUCCAAAAGUUGUAGUUCCUCCAAAGGAACCGGUUGUGCCAAAUGUUGAUCAACCCGGUCCUUCCAACAAACCCAUCAAAUCAUUGGUCAUACCACCACCUUUUCCAUCCUGGUUGGCUUCCUCAAAGAAACAAGAAGAAGAGAAAGAGUUUCUUGAGACUUUUCGCAAGGUUCAACUCAACAUUUCACUAUUGGAUGCCAUUAAGCAAAUCCCACGUUACGCCAAAUUUCUUAAGGAUUUGUGCACCAACAAGAGAAAAUUCAAGACAAAUGAGAAGAUUCAAGUAAAUGCAAAUGUAUCCACGUUCAUCCAAAAGAAGCUUCCACCCAAAUGCAAAGACCCGGGAAUGUUUGCCAUACCUUGUACCAUUGGUGAUUUACAUGUUGAAAGUGCCAUGCUAGAUCUUGGAGCCUCAAUCAAUGUCAUGCCAUACUCGGUUUUUCAAUCUCUCAAUGUUGGACCUUUGGAAGAAACCAGAGUCAUCAUUCAAUUAGCGGACAAGUCAAGUGUAUUUCCAAGAGGCAUGUUGGAGGAUGUACUCGUUCAAGUUAAUCAACUAAUAUUUCCCGCGGAUUUCUAUGUCAUUGACCUUGAAGAUAAGACUCCUUCCAAGUCAUCUAUGAUUCUCCUUGGAAGACCUUUCAUGCAUACCGCUCACACAAUCAUUGAUGUCCAUAAAGGAAAGAUAACUAUGGAGUUUGAUGGAGAAACCAUUCACUUCAACAUAUUUGAAGGAAUGAGGUACCCUAGUAACAUUUCUCCAUUGUAUCGGGUUGAUGUGAUUGAGCCAAUAAACAGGAUAAGCCCUAAUGUAUGCACAGACAAUAUAAUCAUGGAAGAUGAUUGUAAUCUAAGAGGGAACCUCAAAGAAGAUUGGAUCCUCCAAUGA